AUGUAUGCAAAAAUAACUGCUGUAGAUGCAUUCUUGUUUAAAGACCUCGAGAGGGAAUAUGUUACCACAGCCUCCGUCGUGCGUCGAUUGAUGUAUGGGGUUAUCAUUUAUACAGCUUCAUUAAUCAUAGCAACUUUGUGGAUUGCAUUACCACAGGGUCGGUUUCUUUCGUCGACACAUGUGUAUUUCGGCCAUGUUGUAAGGAAUAUGGUUACCUUGCAGUUUUGUGCACUUAACGUGAUACUGUUCAGAAGAUUUCAAAAACUGAAUAAAUAUCUUCUCCGAAGUCUAAACUUUUCUACAGAAGAUGAGCUUGACAAUAUGAUAUCGUCCUCUGCUAGGAUUUAUCCAAGGAAAGAUAUUCCACAGAAAUGUCACGAGGUAUAUGUGACAGAUCCGCAUUCAAUAGCCUCCAGAAAGAGAUUACACAACUGGAAUAAGCGAAAUAUGAUGUUAAAGGUACAGCACGAGCUGGGAUGUGAUGACGGUAUUCCGCUGGCUGAGUUGAAGAAAGUGCAUGACCUCCUUUCCGAUUUGGCUAAAACUGUCAACGCUGCAUACAGUGUACAAAACCUUGUAGAAGUAACAAGUUCUUUUGUGAACAUCGUAAUCAAUGUUUACUUGGUAGUGGCACAUUUUCUACGUGUGGGAGUAAUCUGGUCUGGUGAAUCAUCAGGAGCGAUCCUAGUGCGGUAUUUACCGUGGGCGCUGAUGUCGGCGUGGCGGCUGGUCGGCAUCGUGUACAGCAGCGAAGUGGUGGUCCAGGGGGCUAACCACACGGAACAGCUGGCCGGUAAGCUGUCGCUGCUGUCGCCACUGGUUGGCCGCGUCCACCACACAGCUCUGGAGAAGUUCGCCCAACAGCUGAGAUGCAGUCGACUCAGAUACCAUGCUGCAGGAUUCUUCCUCAUGGACAGGUCACUACUGACAGGUUGUGUAUCAGCCAUCACGACCUACAUCGUUAUCCUCGUGCAGUUUGCUGACGUCAAUCCUAGUAGCAAGUAA